GAAUGUCCGAUCGCGAUAUGUGUAAUCCGAUCGCAACGCGCGGCGACACAUUGGAGGGCGAAGACAGGAAGCUGUUUGUGGGGAUGCUGAACAAACAGCAGACUGAGGAGGACGUGUACCGCCUGUUCGAGCCCUACGGAGUCAUCGAGGAGUGCACCGUGCUAAGAGGUCCUGACGGAAACAGCAAAGGCUGUGCCUUUGUAAAGUUCUCCACACACGCCGAGGCCCAGACUGCAAUCAGCGCCCUGCAUGGCAGCCAGACCAUGCCGACCGGCUCCGAUUCUCUCCCCCCCCAGGGCGCCUCCUCCAGCCUGGUGGUGAAGUUCGCCGACACCGACAAGGAGCGCACCAUCCGGCGCAUGCAGCAGAUGGUGGGGCAGUUCGGCAUCUUCAACCCCACCGUCGCCCUGCCCUUCAGCUCCUACAGCACCUACGCACACGCCCUGAUGCAGCAGCAGGCCGCCAUCAUGGCCGCCACCCACGGCGGCUACCUGACGCCCAGCGUGGCCUUCCCCACCGCACAGAUCCACCAGAUGGGGGCGCUCAACAUCAACGGCCUGCCCCCCACCGGGAUUACCUCGGUGUCGGGUGAGUUGCACCAGGCCUUGGGUCUCAGCUCUCCGCCCACCAACAUCGCCACCUCCGCCGUGCCCAGCAUCGUCACCCCCAUCGUCAACGGCUUCACCGGCAUCCCCCACCAGCCCAACGGACACCCCGCCGUGGAGGCCGUCUACACCAACGGCCUGCCGCCCUACUCCGCCCAGAGCCCCACCGCCGCCGACACCCUCCAGCAGGCCUUCACGGGCGUACAGCAAUACACAGCAAUUUAUCCAGCGACAACACUGACUCCUAUUGGCCAGACACUGCCACAGCCACCGCAAGUCAUCCAGCAGCAACAACAGAGGGAAGGUGAGGGACCGGAGGGCUGCAACCUCUUCAUCUACCACCUGCCGCAGGAGUUCGGCGACAACGAGCUCAUGCAGAUGUUCCUGCCGUUCGGCACCGUCAUCUCCUCCAAGGUCUUCAUGGACAGAGCCACCAAUCAGAGCAAGUGCUUCGGUUUCGUGAGCUUUGAUAACCCAGCCAGUGCACAGGCGGCCAUCCAGGCCAUGAACGGCUUUCAGAUCGGGAUGAAGCGGUUGAAAGUGCAGUUAAAACGACCAAAGGACGCCAGCCGUCCCUACUGACAGACCCCGCCCCCUCAGCGUUCCCUGCAACAGCACAGGUUUUGAAGAGAAGUGAAGAUAUCCCGAAGGAGUUAAACUUUUUCUUUAAAAACAAACAAAAAAGUUAAAAAAAAAAAAAAAAA